CCACCGACAGCUCUCCCUCCCCUUUCUCCCCCCCCUUCAAAGUUUUCUUAGGAGUGGGGAGAGGGGUUGGGGAGGAAGAGGGUCCAGCCAGCCCCCGUCCUUACCCUCUCCCUGUCUAACUCACCCCCGCCUCCCUUCCCCUCCAUCCCCUGCGCGCCGCUGCCCCUCCGGAGCAGCGCUCCGAACUGACAAUUGGAGCGCGGCUCCUUUAAGAGCCCGGCUUUGCCUCCCGGUAGCUGAAGGUCAUUAAACACAAAAGCUCUCAGCGCUGCGGUCCAAUAUAGCGCAUGCGCCCUGCCCGAGGACUGGCAGAGAGACGGCAAUAUGGCGAGAAUGCCUGGCAGCGGGGACUGUAACACCAGCGCGGGCGGCAGCGCCAGCGCCGCCGCCGCCGCCGCCGAGAACAAUGGGGAGCGGGGCGAGGGCGAGCGCGGUGCGGGGGGCCGCGGCCGCCGCCACGGCCGCCCGCACUACUGCAGCGCGGGCGAGGAGGAGGAGGAAGAGGAGGAGGACGACGAGAUCCAGGAGGUGCAGAUAACGGGGGACGAGGAGGAGGAGGACGGAGGUGGGGGGCUGGAGGAGGACGAGGAGGAGGAAGAGGAGGAGGAAGAGAUGGGGCUGGACUGGGAUGAGCCCCUGGAACCCGAGGACUCGGCCGGGGAGGAGCUGGAACCCGAGCCGGUCCAUAUGAUCAAUAUGGACCAGAGCGCCGCGCUGGAGCCCGAGGCGCCGCCGCGAUUGCUGGCGCCCCGGGCCCGCGGCGGGCCGCCCGGGGACAGCGCCGAGCUGGACCCCGACGUGCUGCAGCGCCCCGAGCGGGCCCGGCUGAGCGAGAACACCCGGCUGGCCACCCGCUACGCCGUGCGCAUCUUCCGGGAGUACCUGAGCGAGAAGGCGCAGAGCCCGGACUUCGAGACCAUGGACAAGGGGGCGCUGUGCCGCGUGCUGCGCUCUUUCUACGCCGAGGCCCGCUCCAAGAGCGGCCAGCUCUACAGCAAGUCGUCGCUCAUCAGCAUCCGCAGCUCCCUCAACCGCUACCUCAACGAGCCCCCGUACUGCCGCACGCUCGACCUCACCAAGGACCCCGAGCUGCGCAGCGCCAACCUGACGCUGGCCGCGGUCAUCCGCAAGCUCGAGGAGCAGGGCGCCGGGCCCGUGGUGCAGAAGCAAGCCAUCACGCGUGCCGACCUGCGCAAGCUGUACACCUCCAGCGUCUUCAGCACCAACACGCCCUUCGGGCUGCUCAACAAGGUCUGGUUCGAGACGUGCAUGUACUUCUGCACGCGCGGCCGCGAGAACCAGCGCGAGCUGGAGGAGGACUCCUUUGGGCUGGCUAUGGACGAGGACGGCCGCAAGUUCGUCUACUUUAAGUCCCUCGGGCCCUACCACAAGUCGCGCUCGUCGUCGUGGAGCAAGAAGCGUGCCGAGAGCAGCGACGAGGAGAACUUGCCCCGCAUGUACGAGACGGGCACCGAGUUCUGCCCCUACGCCAGCUUCGUAAAGUACCUGUCGAAGCGCAACCCCCUCUGCAAGGCGUUCUUCCAGCGGCCCCGGGACCACUGCAGCGAGGGCGAUGUGACCUGGUACGAGAACAAAGCCAUCGGCAAGAACUUGCUGGGCACCAGGAUGCAGAUGCUCUCGAAGGCGGCCAAGCUCUCCAAGACCUACACCAACCACUGCAUCGGCGCCGUCUCCAUCGCCACGCUCAACAGCAUCGCGGGCAUCGGCACCAAACUGGGCUCGUUUUUUUUUUUUUUUCACCCCUCCCACCACCACCGCCCCCAGCCGCCCUCGCUGGGGAACACCUAUAUCCUCCCCAAAGACAGCCAGGUCGGGCCCGACGUGAAAUCCGAGGCUGCGCCCAAGCGCGCUCUGUACGAGUCGGUGUUCGGGUCGGGGGAUAUCUGCGGCCCCUCUUCCCCCAAAAGACUUUGUAUCCGCCCCUCGGAGCCUGUGGAUGCGGUGGUGGUGGUUUCCGUGAAACACGACCCCCUGCCUCUUCUUCCAGAAGCCAAUGGGCACAGAAGCACCAAUUCUCCCACAGUAGUUUCACCUGCUAUUGUUUCCCCCACCCAGGACAGUCGACCCAAUAUGUCAAGACCUCUGAUCACUAGAUCUCCUGCGUCUCCACUGAACAACCAAGGCAUCCCUACUCCAGCACAGCUCACAAAGUCCAAUGCGCCCGUCCACAUUGAUGUGGGCGGCCACAUGUACACCAGCAGCCUGGCCACCCUCACCAAAUACCCCGAAUCAAGAAUCGGAAGACUUUUUGAUGGUACAGAACCCAUUGUUUUGGACAGUCUCAAACAGCAUUAUUUCAUUGACAGAGAUGGACAGAUGUUCAGAUAUAUCUUGAAUUUUCUACGAACAUCAAAACUCCUCAUUCCUGAUGAUUUCAAGGACUACACUUUGUUAUAUGAAGAGGCAAAAUAUUUUCAGCUUCAGCCCAUGUUGUUGGAGAUGGAAAGAUGGAAGCAGGACAGAGAAACUGGUCGCUUUUCAAGGCCCUGUGAGUGCCUAGUGGUACGUGUCGCCCCAGACCUCGGAGAAAGGAUCACGCUCAGUGGUGACAAAUCCUUGAUAGAAGAAGUGUUUCCAGAGAUCGGCGACGUGAUGUGUAACUCUGUCAACGCAGGCUGGAAUCACGACUCAACGCAUGUCAUUAGGUUUCCACUGAAUGGCUACUGUCACCUCAACUCGGUCCAGGUCCUCGAGAGGUUGCAGCAGAGAGGAUUUGAAAUCGUGGGCUCCUGCGGGGGAGGCGUGGACUCGUCUCAGUUCAGCGAGUACGUCCUGCGGCGGGAGCUGCGGCGGACGCCCCGCGUGCCGUCCGUCAUCCGGAUAAAGCAGGAGCCUCUGGACUGAACGGACAGAUUUAUGCAAAAAGGAAAAAAGAAAACCGUACACAACAAAUAACAAAGAAGGGACAUUUAUGUGCAGUUGGGACAGCAAACCAAGUCCUGGACCUAAAAUUGAAUAAAAAGACACAUUUAUAUCCAAUAGAGACCACACCUGUAUUCAUAUGGGAACAAUUGGAAUAGUGGUAUCCUCAAGGUGUAAAAAAAUAUAUAAAUAUAUAUAUAUGUCAAAAGGUAGGAAAUGCAAAAAAAGGAAAAAAAAAAGUUUAAAAAAGGUGGUAGCUGCAGUUGGUGCUGUGAUGGCCGUGAAGUGUCCUGGGCCUCCCGAGGCCCCUGACCAGUGUACAAGCCAUGAGCAGUGAGGACGCAUCUCCUUACGGUUUCCAUUGCCAACAGCCAUCCAUUGUUUCCUUUUCCUUUGUCUUUCUUUUUCCUUUUUUUUUUUUUUUUAAAAAAACAACAACAAAACACCUUGAAUCGAGUUUAUUUGCAUACGGAGGUUUCCUGUGCUCUCUUGUAGGCGGGACUGGGCAGGACUUCAGAAAAACUCAUGAGCACACUGUAUUCGAAAGACAUUAGACGUGAAAUUUUACAUGUAGUUUGUACAGAAGUCACACUUUUUUGUCCGCCUCACAGAUGUGAACAUUACUUUGUUUUUAAACUGAUCAGUUUUGCAAAGGGGCCAGAAUUAUUACUUGUUAGAGUUGCUCCAGUUUGAGUCUGCUGCUUUCCUACAAUUUUUCAAAUUUUAUAAUGUAUUAAAUACAAUAAACUCUGUUUAAAAAAUAA